AUGACUGAUCCCCUGAAGUACCUCGACGUUAUCAAGGCUCGCUCGGCAGUAACAGCGGGCACCGGGCGCCUCUCUGGCAAAGUCGCCAUUGUGACUGGCGUAGGUCCUGCGGCAGGCAUCGGUGCCCAGGCGGCACGCCUGUACGCUCGUGAAGGCGUUGCGGCGCUGUACCUCGUCGACCUUUCUCCAGCCGUAGUCACCUUCGCGACUGCCCUCCAGUCCACCUUCCCAGGCACCAGGGUUGUUGCCAUCCAGGGUGACGCCGCCAGCGACUCUGUGACCAAGGCCGCCGUUGCGCGCGCUCUAUCGGACACCGGCCGCCUCGACAUCUUCUACGCGAACGCGGGCAUCUCACACCUCAAGCCGAAGAAUUCCAGCGGUCCUCUCGAGGACCUGCUCACUUCCGCCCGCACUGCCCGGGACGUGCCCGCCGACGAGUACGCAGAGGUCAUGCGUAUCAACGCCCUGUCCGUGUUCCUGGCUCUGAAGUACGCCGCACCCGCCAUGGAGAAGACAUCGGCUUCCAAGCCACUUUCAGGCGGAUCGAUCAUCGCAACAGCCUCUGUUGCCGGUCUCGGUGCUAGUGGCCCGCUGGCGUACUCGGCAAGCAAAGCAGCCGUGAUCAGUAUGACGCGCAACGGCGCCUCCGAGCUCGCCGGCUCCGGCGUCAGGGUGAACUGUAUCUGCCCUGGCGUUAUCCGCACGGACAUGACGGCCGGCAUCUUUAAGCUCAGUGAUGGAAAGAACAUUGGAGCCCUGAACCCCGCCAGGAGGCACGGAUUGCCGGAGGAAAUUGGACAGGCGGCGCUGUGGCUUGCGAGCGACGAGAGCAGCUAUGUCAACGGGCAUGCGCUCGUCGUGGAUGGGGGCUUCAGCGCCAGCUUACCGUUCGUGCCAGGAAGCAAGGAGCGCAUGGACAGCCUCUCAAAGUUGUAG